AUGGCCGCUACGAUGAGAGCAGUUGACAUCAAGGACGGAAAAGGUCCCCGGGAAGCUCUCUUCAUCAACGAUGCCACUCCCAAGCCCGCCCCCUCGGCCAGACAGGCCAUCGUCAAGGUCCAUGCCUUUGGCAUCAACCGCAUGGACAUUAUCCAGCGCAACGGCUUCUACCCCGUGCCCCCUCAGGCCCCCAAGACUCUUGGCGUAGAGUUUAGCGGCGUCAUCGAGUCCUUUGGUUCCGACGACCACAACGGCUUCAAAAUUGGCGACGAGGUCUUUGGACUGGCCUACGGAGGCGCCUAUGCCGAGUACAUCGCCGUCAGCACAAAGAUGCUGCUGCACAAGCCAAAGGGCCUGACGCACGAGCAGUGCGCUGGCGUUCCCGAGGCCUGGAUCACGGCAACCCAGGCACUGCACUUGGUGCUUGGGUUUGUCAAGGGCAAGAGCAUCCUCUGGCACGCCGGUGCCUCUGGCGUUUCGGUUGCGGGCAUCCAGCUCGCAAAGGCCGCCGGAGCGUCUGAGAUCUAUGCUACUGCGGGAAGCCAGGAGAAGAUCGACUUUAUCACCUCUGAGCUCGGCGCCACUGCGGCAUUCAACUACAAGACCCAGGACUGGGUCAGCGAGAUCAAGGCCAAGACUGGCGGCAAGGGCGUUGACUACAUUGUCGAUUUCAUUGGCGGAGAUUAUUUCCAAAAGAACCUCAACGUGGCUGCCAUGGACGGCAGCAUACUCCUCCUGGGCACUAUGAGCGGAGGCAAGGCUCCUGAUGCGGAUGUUGGUGUCAUCUUAUACAAGCGCCUUCGUGUUUUGGGCAGCACCCUGCGAAGCCGUGACGAAGAGUACCAGGGCAAGCUGCGAGAUAGGCUGGAGGCGUACAUUCCCGACUUCGAAUCACAAAAGCUAAAGAUCUUUAUUGACUCGGUGCUGCCUUGGGACAAGAUCCAAGAGGCACAUGAGCACAUGGAAAAUGCUAAAAACUCGGGCAAGAUUAUCUGCACGAUAGUCUAA